AGUCAAGUUCGAGUCAGUUCAACAUCGUGGGGCCCGAGAGAAUUCAUUCAAUUUUUUUUUUUCGGAAAAUAUCUCACAAUUUACUAGCCGCACACAGCGACAAGACAAUAAUAAUAUUUACAUUUCGUCGUCUUUUUUUCUGUCUUGUAUUACGUUGUAAAGAUAGUAGUUAUCUGCUACUGUGGGGAUUACGCAGUAUCGUUUAUUCAAUGGCAUAUUGUUUACGCGGCUGGGCCCAACCGUUAAUGAAAUUAGAUUAAUCACAAUUGCGACAUAUUAUCGACGUAUUCAGAGCGCAAGCAUUUUAUGUACGAAACAAAUUCAAGUAUCAAUAAAAAAAAGGCGCCUGAAAAAAAUGAAGCGCAUAAGCACUUUCAUUUGAAUGCCACCAUUUGAAUUGUGGAAAAAGACGCAUUGGAUUUUAACAGCGAUUGGUCUUCGUGCAGUUGCAUCGAAAAGUGAGUAUUGUGUACGUAAAGUCAUCACGAGAUCUGUUUUUUUUUAUUAGUUAUGGAAUUUUAGAUGAAAACAAUACGCUUCAACUGAACAUAAUAUACGAAAAGCGUAAAAGUAAAGUCGAAUAACCGAUUUGUUGUAUAUGUACACAGCGAGAACAUGAAAUAGAAGAUCAUAUAUCGCCUCAGUCGGCUCUCGGGAUUGUUAGGUUCGAAUCACAUCACUCAACCUCUCUAACUUUCGCCUUUGUCUGUUCAUUCGUUCGUUUGUUCGUUUCAAACAAACAAUAACAACGAUAUUCUGAAUAGAAUCAUAAGUUCGAGUGGCUGAGAACAUUUAUUAUUUGGGCUUAUUUACAUUCCAUAUUUUCCUACGAAUGCAUGACGAUCUCGUGUAUUUCGGGUCGCUUCGACCCGUGUAUUGGAUUCGUGCGUAUUCAUUUUGUGUGUGUGUGUGUGUGUGUGUCGCUCUGUGUAUGCGAGUGAGCGCGCGGUAUGGCAAUAUAUGUGUGUAGAGUGGAAAGAUAUUUCGUUAGUUCAUUCGUUCGUACAACACACGCUAAAUAGAUAGAUGCCCAACUAUAUGUGGGAACAAGAGAGCAAGACCACGACUCUUAUGUGAGCCCAGCACUUCUACCUAGCCACUUGUUUACAGGCAUUCGACAAACUGAAAAGAAAGAAGAAAGAAAAAAACAACCGAGUUACACAUAAGUAUCGCACACACUGUCGAAAAAAUUCCUCUACAUCGACAGCGAUGUACGCCGUAUGAACUGAGCAGAGCACCGUGUACAUGAUCGUGUUGUGUGUGCAUGUGUUCAUAUGUGUGUGCUUGUGAUGUGUUCGAUGUUGUCAUACAUGUUUUUUUUUCGGGUUUGUGUAUCGUCACACAGCGACAACGACAACGACAUCAACGACGAUGGUUCCAGUUAUGUGCAUAUGUAUUGGUCACCUGCUUCACUAAAGUCGAAUGCGACUGUGCACAUGUAUAGAGCCUUUCUUUUCGAAACGAAAAAUUUUUAUAAGAAAAAUCAAAGACGAAACACAUCUGUGCGCGUCUGUAAGACAUACUUGCUUCCUUCUGUAAAAUAAAUUCAUUUCUCGUGCACAAAUCCAAUUGAAAAUGUGAAAAAAUAGACUCUCACAAUUUGUGGUGAAAAAUAGACAAACUUAUCGAAUUAAAAUGAAAAGUUUUUGUAAAAAUUAAGUGUGGAAAAUUUGGAAAAAAGAGAGAAAUAGUUUGUCUGACGGUGUAUGUGCUCGUAGCAGUUCUUGGACUGGAACCUCUUUCUGUGUGCUGAAUUCAACAUUUUUCAUUGUAUCUGUUCUUCGACUCGAGUUUAUUUUUUUUUUCUCUUCUUCUGCUUCCAAUACAGUGUGUGUUUCUGAAACGAAUUUUUUUUUCUAUUGGAUGAAAUCAACUAAUUAAAAAUAGCUACAUUUUUAAUUCAUUAGUAAGCAAAAGUGAUAAUAAAAAAAAAAAUUCAAUUAGUUGGAAAGCAGUACUGUGUGUUUCACGUUCAAUCAGUGCAUUUUCAUUGGAUAAAUUCCUUUAUCUACCAUCGUUUGCUGCUGCAGCCACCGUCGACGUCGUUUUCGUGCAAUCGAAAUCGAACAUGGCUCCAGCGAGCCAAUCAUAAAUAGUGUUGGCGCAAUCAUAUUUUAUUUAGAUCGAAAUGGAAAAAAUGUUGUGAUUCAAAAAAUGUGUGAACAAUCAGAAAGUGCUGAUUUAACAAAUAAUUGUUGUGUGUGUGUGUGAUUUGAAUUGGCACGACGUGUGCAUUUAUCAUAAAAUGGAUUACAGAUUAACUUAUGGAUUAAUUUGGGCGCUGGUUUUGGUCACAUCGACUUGCAGUGCUUAUAUCGAUGAACAAGAUAUGAGAGUAUGCAUCGGCACUAAUGGACGUAUGUCAGUACCCUCAAACAGAAACCAUCAUUAUCGUAACUUACGCGAUCGCUUUUCGAAUUGCACACAUGUCGAUGGAAAUUUAGAAUUAACAUGGCUCGAAAGUGCCAACAUGAAUUUGGAUUUUUUACAACAUAUUCGUGAAGUUACGGGAUAUGUUUUAAUCAGCCAUGUGCAUGUGAAGAACAUCAUUUUACCACGUUUGCAAAUUAUUCGUGGUCGAACUUUAUUCAAAUUGAACAUUUACGAUGAACAAUUUGGAUUAUUUGUAAGCUAUUCACAAAUGGAUUCGCUAGAAUUACCGGCACUACGUGAUAUUUUGUCUGGAUCGGUGUUCAUAUUCAACAAUCAAAAUCUCUGCUUUAUUCAAACGAUCAAUUGGGAAGAAAUUAUUACAGGACCAGGAGAAGUAUCGAGAUACGUAUACAAUUUUACAUUUCCUGAACCGGCGUGCCCGAAAUGCCAUCCAUCGUGCGUUGCCGGUUGUUGGGGCGAAGGAGCACACAACUGUCAGAAAUUCAGCAAAAUCAAUUGUUCGCCGCAAUGUGGAGAGGGUCGUUGCUUUGGCCCAAAUCCGCGUGAUUGCUGUCAUUUAUUUUGCGCUGGUGGUUGCACUGGUCCAACACAGAAAGAGUGCUUAGCAUGUCGAAACUUUUACGAUGACGGCGUGUGUAAGCAUGAAUGUCCACCGAUGCAAAAGUACAAUCCAACCAAUUAUCUAUGGGAACCAAAUCCAGACGGAAAAUAUGCAUACGGAGCCACGUGUGUAAGAAAUUGUCCUGAGCAUUUACUUAAAGAUAACGGCGCUUGUGUGAGAACGUGUCCGGCGAAUAAAACGGCGAAGAAUGGUGAAUGUGUCACCUGUAACGGCCCAUGCCCAAAGACAUGUUCGGGUGUGGGUGUUGUUCAUUCCGGUAACAUUGAUUCGUUCCGUGACUGUACUAUCAUCGAAGGAACACUCGAAAUAUUGGAUCAAACAUUUAACGGCUAUCAGCAAGUGUAUGCCAAUUUCUCGUUUGGGCCACGAUUCAUUAAAAUGCAUCCGGAUCGCUUGGAAGUGUUCUCAACUCUGCGUGAAGUGACUGGUUUCAUUAAUAUUCAGGGAGAUCACCAAGAUUUCACAAAUCUGUCCUACUUUCGAAAUCUCGAAGUGAUCGGCGGUCGUCAAUUGCUCGACACUUACUUUGCCUCCUUAUACAUUGUAAAAACCAACUUAAAGUCAUUAGAGCUACGUUCAUUGCGGCAAAUCAAUUCAGGGGCAGUUGUAAUACUGGAAAAUAAGAAUCUUUGCUUUGCCAACAAUAUCGACUGGAAGAAAAUCAAAAAGUCAGAUCAACACGAUUCAAUGAUUAUCAAUAAUAAGGACCCUGAUGAAUGCAGGAGUGGUGGUCAAUACUGUUCAGAUGAAUGUACAGAGGCUGGAUGCUGGGGCGCCGGUCCCGAUCAAUGUUUAGCGUGUAAGCAUGUUAAGUACAAUGGAACUUGUUUCCGAUCUUGUCAAAGCGAAACGAAUUUGUACACAAUGCCCGAUAAAAAUCAUUGCGGCCAAUGUCAUCCGGAAUGUAAGCGAUCGUGUUCAGGCCCUGAGGCCACUGAUUGUCUUGAAUGUGAACAUGUUCGAGAUGGGAAGAUCUGUUUGGCUGAAUGCCCAAAGACGAAAUACGCUCGAAAUGGAACGUGUUUCAAUUGCCAUGAAACAUGCACCGGUUGCACUGGCCCAAGAGAUACAAUUGGAGCCAAUGGAUGCAUAACGUGUGAAAAGGCGAUCAUUAAUGAUAAUAAAAUCGAAAGAUGCUUGAGAGAGAGGGAAAACUGCCCAGUCGGAUACUAUUAUGAAUACGUCUUUCCACAAGAGCAAAGUAUACUAAAACCAUUGGCCGGCAAAGCAAUUUGUCGCAAAUGCCAUCCACGAUGCAAGCGGUGCACAGGCUACGGUUUCCAUUCACAAGUCUGCCAAGAAUGUGCUGGCUACAAACGAGGCGAACAAUGCGAAGAUGAAUGCCCGACUGAUCAUUAUGCGGACGACGAGCGUCGUGAAUGCUUUGCAUGUCACGGAGAGUGCCGUGGAUGCAGUGGACCUGGACCAGAUACCUGUGUGCAAUGCCAAAAUUUCAAAAUAUACAACGGUGAUCCAAAUGAUAAUUCCACAUUAUUCAACUGCACAGCCACUUGUCCACCCGAAUUCCCGUACAAAAUGCUCAAUGAAUUAACUUACAUGCACUACUGCAGUGCAGUUGCAGCAAAAGCUGGAUUCGCAUCGGGCGAAUCAACCGAAACAAUUAUGUAUUUGGCUAUAGCAUUUAUCGUACUGUUGCUGUUGUUUGCCGCUUUGAUAAUAUCAUCGUUGCAUUGUCGACAAAAGGCCAAAAUUAAAAAGGAAAUUGUGAAUACGACGCGAAUGUUAUCGGGUUGUGAAGAUGCCGAGCCGUUGCGACCAUCAAAUGUUGGUGCGAAUCUGUCACAAUUGAUAAUGGCCAAGGUUGAUGAGUUGAGCAUGGGUCCGCUAUUGGGUCGCGGUGCAUUCGGUGAAGUGUACAGAGGAUAUUGGAAGCCAGAAUAUGCUAAAGACAAGAUUCCCGUUGCGAUAAAACAACUGACGAAUGUAAGCGGUGAUGCGUAUGGAGCGAGCAAAGAGUUUUUGGAUGAAGCAAUGAUGAUGGCUAGUGUUAGGCAUGGAUACAUUCUGCGACUGCUUGCCGUUUGUAUGGCAGACAAAAUGAUGUUGAUCACACCAUUGAUGACGAACGGUUCGUUGCUAGAGUAUGUGAAAAGCAGAAAGGGUAAAAUCAGUUCACUACAAUUACUCACCUGGUCAACACAAAUAGCCAAGGGAAUGGCGCAUUUGGAAGAGCGCCGUUUGGUUCAUCGCGAUUUAGCCGCUCGAAAUGUGCUGGUCAGUCCACAGGUAUCGGCGAAAAUUGCCGAUUUCGGUUUGGCCAAACUGUUAUCCAACGAUAACGAUGAAUAUAAAGCGGCCGGUGGUAAAAUGCCAAUCAAAUGGCUUGCGCUCGAAUGUAUUCGUCAUCGAAUAUUCACAACAAAAUCAGACGUGUGGGCGUUCGGUGUGACCAUAUGGGAGCUGCUUACGUUUGGCAAACGGCCAUUCGAAAAUAUCCCAGCCCGAAAUGUGCCCGAAGAAAUUGAGGCUGGUGUAAAACUAAAGCAACCCGACAUCUGUUCACUGGAGUUGUAUUGUACGUUGCUCACGUGUUGGCAAAUUGAUGCCGAUAGUAGGCCAACAUUCAAAGAUUUAGUGGCCGAUUUUCAAAAGUAUGCAAGUGAUCCAAGUCGUUACCUAGCUAUUCAGGGCGAUACACAAUACACGAGCCACGAUGAAAAACGUACGCUGGCCCGGCAACAACUCAAUCAGGACACGAUGACAGAGCGAAAUGCGCAUCGAUUGUCACAAACAACGGCUGGCCCAAGCAAUGCGCAGCCCAUUGCAAACGCGUUGAAAAUGUAUAAUUUAAACUCACGCGCCAAACUUCCAAACGAUGAUGAAACCGACUCACACCGUGAGAUCUGCAUAGGUAACAUAAGAUUAGAUUUACCCUUAGAUGAUGAUGACUAUUUAAUGCCCACAUGCCAAAGCGAAGAGAAUGCGACACCCGGCUAUAUGGAUUUACUGGGAACACCAGCUCCAGCCUGUGUUGACAACCCUGAAUAUUUAAUGAACACGAUAUCAACCAUUCAAACGCCAUCCACAUCAUCGUUGUCGACGGUGACAUCAGCGGCGGCCGCUGUGGCAUCGGCGAUGGCGACUUCAAGUCGAUCGCCUAAUUCACCGCCCACACAAACCAUUGGCAUUCCAGUCAUGAAUGGUAACAGUCAUCCGUCAGAGAAUGUCGAACAAGACUCGGAUCGUGAGUACUACAACGAUUUGCAGCGUGAACUGCAACCGUUACAAACAAACGAGACAACCGUUUAGAUUUAAUACGAAAUGCCUGGCAUUAAUCAAAACUACAAAACAAAUUGUACAAUAUAUUAUAUUUUUUUGUUCUAAUUAUCAUGACAAACAUGUGUAACCUGCAGCUCAAAACUGAUGUGCAGCUAAAAAAAAGAAGUGGUUGAGUGUCUGUUUCUAUUUUCCACACUCAGACAUUCAAAUGUCAUAUUAAAAAAAAAAGUUAAGCUUUGAUAGCAACACCAAUUUCUAUGCAAUUUCUAUCAUGCAUUUGCAUGAUGACACGAGAUCAUUCAAAUGAUGACGAAGAAAGUUGGAAAACAAGAAACAUUUACUUUGAGCAACUAAGUGCCUAUUUUAUUUAGAAUUGUUUCGAAAUAAUUGACUUAUAUUUACUUUUAGGUGUAGGUAAUCGAAAUAUCACUAGUGUUUUUUUUUUGUAUUUUAAGGAAAAAGUGCCGUUUUUAUAUUAAUUGCAAGUAACUAAGAAAUUGUACUUAUACACACGCAGAUGUUAGAGUAUUAGAAUUGUGAAUUAACAGUAUAGAAAACGAAACAUUUGAUUAAAUUACAUGAAAAUUGAGUCACAUGACAUACAAAUUAGGUUAAUGCAACAACAGCAGCUACAACAAACAACAAAAAUAAUUUUAAAUCAUAUCAUCAAAUUGUGCACAUAUUCCGAUAGACAUGAUCGUCUAUUGGGAAAACCCAGAAUAUUCGGAAAUGUUUUAGAUUUUGAAUCAAAAAAACAACACCAAAUACAAGUGCACCAAACAGCACACUCAAGAGCACUCAAUUUUGAAAAAAAAAAAUGCAAAAUGUGUGCACGCGCUAACCCUAUCUGAAUGAUUGAAUAACCACUUUUAGACGAUGGAAUUGCAUGUUCUUCUAAGAAAAAACAUAGAAAUAUGUUUUGGAAACACACAAAAAGAAGUUUCAUUUCAAGUGUGUGUACUUUGCUAAAAAAAAAAAAAACUAAUUAGAAACGAAAGGAAAAAAAAUUAUUACCUGCACUUAAUGGAAUCUGUGAUAAACUCAGCUAAUGUGCGCAUAAUGAAAACGAAACGAAAUGAAACAUGUGUUGAGAACAUUCGAAAUCCUCCAUUGAAACACACACACACACAAAACUUAAUAUUGAUUAGAUUCAUAGGCAGUAGAUCAACAAAAUACAACAAAACCACACUCACACAACAACCUACAAAUAUUUGAAUUUAUUAGACGAAACCCAUGUGCCUUGUCUCUCCUUUUUUAUCUUUUCCUGCUAUAUAAAUGAGGAUCCUUGAAUGUGUUUUUAUUUUGUCCUUUCAAUUUUGUAUUAUUCUUAGACUAGCCUUCUUUUCGCAAACUAAACUUCCAUUUUUUUUUCUUAAUUUACCUUUCCGGAAAUGAUUUCAAGUCAGAUUCGGGCUGGAAAUUGUAUGCUUGCCGAUUAAUUGAAACUACACAUUUUUUUUUCUUCACUAAGACAACAACAGAACAAUUUUUAUCUUCCUAUAUUUUAUUCAAUUGAACACAUUUGCAUUGCAAAACGUAAGCGUUUAAAUAGAGAUACGAUUCCAGAACUUAAAUUUCAGUACGCAUGCAUGUUGUAUAUACGAAAAUAGAAAGGACGGGCGUUAGGACACUAUAUAGUAUAGUCAGAUGGACGAAGAUUGUCAAUUCACCUGACACAUUCUUAUUGAAAUUGUAAUAUCGAAUCGAAUUGUAAGAUUUUAAAACAACUACAUUUCUUUUCUCUUCUUAUUCUUCCAAUUUUAUGAAACCAGUUCUAAUUUUACACGAAAGGAAAAGCAAAUGAGAGCAAAAUAUUAUUUACUUAUACACACAAACACAAUAUACUUAAAGGAAAUUCUUUUUUUUUUUUGUUUUUUUGAAAUGUUUAAGCAAAUGAAUCACUAAUAGAUUUUAUAUUAUAAACCUUUUAAAAAGUACAUUCUGUAUAAAACAAAAGCAACAACAAAAUAUCAGAUCAAGGUCUCUUAAUUGAAUUGUAAUGGCGAAGCAAGCCAAUUUGUUUGUGUCUGAUUUUAUAUUAAAAUCGCCAAGUCAACUCAAGUGAUUGGAAUUGGUUUAAUGGAAAAUCAACAUUGAGACGUUUUUAAUGAAACCACUUGAUGUGCGUCGAGUGAAUACAAUGGUGACUUUUUAUCUAACCAAUUCAAAUUGAAAUUGAAUUCAUCGUUUCAUCUCGAACAAUUGGUUCCAAGAAAUCUGAAACACAUAACUCAAACCAUUCAAAUUCAAUUGAAAAUUGAAAUGAUUUGAAUUAUGACUUUCCAUUUUCUGGUUCAAAUUCGUCGAAUUUGAGUUUGUUGAGUUGAUUUUUUUUUGUCUACUUAAGUGAUUCGAAAUCAGCAAAAAGAAAAACCCUAUUAAGCAGCUAUAUAUUGCCAUAUGUGCCAACAUCUAAAUCGAUUUUAUUUAAUAAUUCAGUUUUAAAAAAAAAAGAUGAAAAUUUUAAGCAGAAACGAGAAAAAUCAGUGUAAUAAAAGGGCGAAAAAGACAAGUAUUUAAUAAAAGACAAUGAAAAAUUGUACAUUAA